GAGAACGUGGGUCCUGGAUGAUUGAAACCACUUGAUGGGCGUUGAUAUGACUGUCUCUCUGGCCAUUGGUGCGUUCAGGCAUACCUGGUCGUAUGAGCGUAACAUGACGUCCUCUCUCCAACCAGGUUCGCUCUACGUCCUCCUCGACCUCCGCUCCCCCGACCUCUCCAACACGACCUUCCACUGGGCCCUCAACCUCCACCACGCCAACGCGCCCCGCGCCUCCGGCCACAAGUACCACAUCAAGACGCUCGGCGAUGGCUGGAUCGCGGACCACGCGCCACUUGGCGGCGUGCUCAAGUCGUUCCUCCUCGUCUGCCUCGUCCGUGUGGCGUGCGACGUGCCCGCCGAGCGCUGGCGCGAGACGGAGGCCCUCAUCAGGCUGAGAGACGGCGAGAUUAAGAUUAACGACGGCGGGAUCACCUGUCGCAUUUGGGUUAUGAACGCCCUGGACAGGCUCAGAAAUGCGGGUCUCGCUUGGAGGAAGAGCUGA